GUGACUGUCUGUCGGUGGGUCUUCGUGCUCCAUAAAGAGAGAGGAACUGUGGGAUGGGGUCUAUUUUGUCGCAAUAGCUUUGUUCUUUUGACUUGUCAUUCCCUCCACGCUGUAAACCAUGGCUGAUGAUGAGAUUGCUGCGCUAGUUGUGGACAAUGGAUCUGGUAUGUGCAAGGCCGGAUUUGCGGGGGAUGAUGCCCCCAGAGCUGUGUUUCCUUCCAUUGUUGGGCGGCCUCGACACCAGGGUGUGAUGGUGGGAAUGGGUCAGAAAGACAGCUACGUUGGUGAUGAAGCCCAGAGCAAGAGAGGCAUCCUGACCCUGAAAUACCCAAUUGAGCAUGGCAUUGUGACCAACUGGGACGACAUGGAGAAGAUUUGGCACCACACCUUCUACAAUGAGCUGCGAGUGGCCCCAGAGGAACACCCUGUCCUCCUCACAGAGGCUCCACUCAAUCCCAAAGCCAACCGUGAGAAGAUGACCCAGAUCAUGUUCGAGACCUUCAACACUCCAGCCAUGUACGUUGCCAUUCAAGCUGUGCUGUCCCUGUACGCCUCUGGCCGUACCACUGGCAUUGUGCUAGAUUCUGGGGAUGGUGUAACUCACACUGUGCCGAUCUACGAAGGCUAUGCCUUGCCACAUGCCAUCCUGCGUCUGGACCUGGCUGGCAGGGAUCUCACUGACUACAUGAUGAAGAUCCUGACCGAGCGUGGGUACUCCUUCACAACCACAGCUGAGAGGGAAAUUGUCCGUGACAUCAAAGAGAAGCUUGCUUAUGUGGCCCUAGAUUUUGAAUCUGAGAUGCAGACAGCCAGCUCAUCCUCAUCCUUGGAGAAAAGCUAUGAGCUUCCUGAUGGCCAGGUUAUCACCAUUGGUAAUGAGCGUUUUAGAUGCCCAGAAACCCUCUUCCAACCCUCCUUCAUUGGGAUGGAAUCUACUGGAAUCCAUGAGACCUGUUAUAACAGCAUCAUGAAAUGUGAUGUGGACAUCAGGAAGGAUCUGUACGCCAACACAGUCCUGUCUGGUGGAACCACCAUGUUCCCAGGAAUCGCUGACCGGAUGCAGAAGGAAAUCACAGCCUUGGCUCCAAGCACCAUGAAGAUUAAGAUCAUUGCUCCACCAGAGAGGAAGUACUCGGUAUGGAUCGGAGGCUCCAUUCUGGCUUCUCUCUCUACCUUCCAGCAGAUGUGGAUCAGUAAGCAGGAGUAUGAUGAGUCCGGCCCCUCCAUUGUCCAUCGCAAGUGCUUCUAAUUUGUUGAAGAUUAGAACUGAUUUAACCUUGAUUAGAUUGAGAUGGAAAUGUUGCCUUUUCAUUCUCAUUUCUCCAAACAUUGCCUGCCCAGUUAACUUGAAUUUUGUUAGGCCUUUGUGGUUAUGAUGUAAGUUUUAGUGACAACUCUAGAUCUGAUUCAAGAAUGGUUGGGUUGCUCACAAUCCUAAAAUAUUAAGAUACUUGGGAGAAACAAUAUUGAUUUCCAGCUACUAGAUAGAUAGGCCUCUUACAGUACACAAACGUGAGUGAAUUUAAAGGACAAAAAUCCCUCUGGUUUGCCCUCCUACAUCUGGUAUCAAAUUGUGAAUUAGGAAAGUGACUGUUUUCAUUUUUGCUUUGACAGUUGUCUUGAGCAGAAUGGGACAAUGGACAAUACACAAUUGCCCUGGGAGUCUGGGUUUCUGGGGAAUGAGAAUCAUCUCAUGAAAGUUUUCAUCUCUGCUGGAAAUGGUUGCAAAAUAUUUGUUAUUGCAAAACAUUUAAUAAAAAUGCAUUUGAACAACA